AUGUAUCCUCGGUAUAACCUUCAAACCGUCGCCGGUCAACCUCUGCAACUUGCCACCACUUCUUGCCUCCAUGUUCUACCCAGCCAUCGUCGAUUCAGUUUCCCCUCGCUAAAGAGUUUGAAGGAAAUGAAGUUAGUUAUUUCACUAACCAAGAUCCCAACCAAUAUCAAUAGAUUACGGAUCAACAGCCUACUAAAGAAGAAUGAAAUCGAAGAGCCUCAUCUAAAAGCAACCAUAAAAAUGGCAAUUGUUUGUAAGUUGGAUGAAUGAGAGAAGCAACUAUACAAAGUUCGAGGUCAUUCAAGUUUCGUGUUUCUUUCCAACAAGUUUUUAGUUCAAUAGUAUUAUGUUUUAAGUACCUGGACAACAUUUAGACAUAUUGUUUUUGAAUAUAGUUGUGAUUUAAAUGUGUUGAAAAUAGUGUUUUUAGACAAGUUUGAAUUGGUG